AUGAAAGUAGCCAUCAUUGGAGCAGGCCCAGCAGGAUUGGUGACUUGCAAGACUCUUGUAGAGACAUCCUCACCUGAACUUCCGUUUGAUCCCGUAAUUUUUGAACAAGAGGAAGAUGUGGGCGGGACAUUCCAGUAUCGUUCGUACCAGAAUGCUACCUUAGUAUCGUCGAAGCAACUCACUGCUUUCUCUGACUUUCGACUACCUCUGACUUGUCCUGAUCAUCUUACACUGGAGGAGUAUGUUGACUACCUUCGAGCUUAUGCCAAGCACUUCCACGUAUGGGAGAGGAUUCAAUUCGGAUGCAAAGUUGUCAAUAUCUCACGCAACAGGAUUCAAGGGGGCCACAAUGUAACCUAUGUCCGGCGCGCACAGGGUGACCUGAACGAAUGGUCAGAUAAGACGGAGGUUAUCCACGUCGCAUAUGUGGCGGUGUGUACUGGAUUGCACGUUACACCUUCCAUCCCCGACAUUCCUGGCAUUAACCAUGUCCUUGAGAAGCGUGAUGGCAAUAAGGAUGUAUCUCCUGCGGUCUUUCAUUCAGCCCAGUACAAAUCGCGUUCUCAACUCCAAGGAAGGCGCAUCAUGAUUCUCGGUACUGGCGAAACUGGGAUGGACAUAGCCUAUGAAGCUGCCAAAGCAGGUGCCAAAGAAGUCAUACUAUGCUCUCGGGCAGGCUUUCUCUCGUUUCCCAAGGCACUGAAUGACUUCGAAAUCUUUGGCUUCAAGUUUGAGUCAACAAAUCCCGUCCCAAUUGACUCCUUGAUCACAAAUUUGGCAGAAACAGCAUACGUCCAUCCAUGGGUAGCUGGAUCGCACAUUCGGUGGUUUAUCUCUGAUUUCGUGAUCAAACGUGUAUUGUGGAUCCUCACAGGUACACAUGCGGGCUGCAACCAAUGGGUCGGAGAAUUGGAACCUGAACGUCUAGGGCGAGCCUAUGUUUUUUUGAACAAGUCUCACAAAGCAAUGCCAUACAUCAAUCGUCCAUAUCGCAAACGACCUGCAUUAUUGGAGUACCUGUCCAAAUACAUAGACCCCCCGGAAGAUAUGCCCCCUAAAACAGACUUCACUGUCGAUCUUGCUCCAUUCCCUUCACAUUUCCUAUCAAAUGGUCGCGCCGUUUUCCCCAUGUCUAAACGAAAGGAUGCUUUGCGCAUGGCGGGCCGCGAUGUAAGGCCUGACACCGUUGUGUAUGCCACUGGAUAUGCUCAGAAGUUUGAUUUCUUCGAUAAAAACGGUGACUACGGAACACCUUCGGAGGCCGAUAUCCGAAAUGUUGCGAAGAGUGGAGACGAGACCGUCGCAUUUAUCGGAUUUGUACGCCCGGGAGUAGGUGCGAUUCCACCGAUUGCGGAGAUGCAAUCAUUUUUUUGGGUCUCUUUACUAAAAGGCCAAGUGAAGAUGCCCUUACCUCCGCCUUAUUACCAUCUUCUCGUAAAGGAGACUGCGCGAAUCAAGUAUGGGGUUGAUCACUCGACAUAUAUGAGCACACUAGCGAAAGACAUCGGAGCAGCUCCCGGACUCUGGGAACUCUGGAGCGAGUAUGGGACUCAUGUCCUUGUAUGCUAUUGUUUUGGAGCAGCGUUCACCCCGUUUUACCGCCUUCGCGGCCCCUUCCGGUCUGAAAAGGUCGUUCCAAUCAUCAAGACCGAGCUCUGGGAUACCAUCACCAGACGAGGUAUACUCGGCAAUCUUUUGAUGGGACUCAUCCCUAUGAUUUUCUACUGUGUGAUCAAUCUGGUAGCUUUCGCCUCGGAGAAGGUAUGGGCACUUGUUGGGGGCCAGCAAUUGUAUGUUUAA